CGUACUUUGCGAGGAAUUUCGUAUCUGAAUUAAAUCCGGAUUCAUCGCUGAUUUUCCUUACUUUUGAGAAGCCAAAAUAAGAAACGAAAUGAUUUAAAGGCUCCACUAAUUCAUGAUCUGCAUUUUGAGGAGAAGGCGUUUUGAAUUUUUGAGAAAAACGAAGUUUAUUGUUUCCACUUCAGCAGUCCUCCCUUGAGAGCAGAGACGAAAGCUGUCGCCACAGUAGGAGUUUAGCAGUUUUGAUUUAUUCUGCUUCAAGUUGCCUGUGGAUUAUUCGUUUUCACAUCAUUUAAUUAAAGCAAGGUACAUUUAACACAAUGGCUUGUGGGGCUACACUUAAAAGGACUAUGGAUUUUGAUCCUUUGAUGAACCCGGCGUCCCCAAAGCGAAGACGGUGCACCCCUAUGUCGCCGUCGGCUUCCACUUCUUCCCCACAAAAAUACCUACGUAUGGAGCCCUCACCAUUUGGAGAGGUUUCUUCAAGACUCACGACAGAGCAAAUCCUGCACAACAUCAAGCAAGAGUAUAAACGCAUGCAGAAGAGGCGGCAUCUGGAGAACAGCUUUCAACAGACAGAGGGAUGCUGCGCCUUGGAUUCGCACAGUGGCUCUUCCCUGCUAGGCAUGUCCUCUGGAGCCACUUCUCCAUCUAGAAGAGAGCAGCCAUUAUUCACUUUAAAACAAGUAGGAAUGAUUUGUGAACGUCUUCUCAAGGAAAGGGAGGAGAAAGUGCGCGAGGAGUACGACGAGAUCUUAACCUCAAAACUGGCAGAACAAUACGAUGCUUUUGUGAAGUUCACCCACGAUCAGCUGAUGCGACGAUUCGGAGAGCAACCUGCUAGUUACGUUUCCUGAGUAAGAUUCAGUCGUCCGGGUCUCCAGUUUCCUCGUUCCGUUGCUGCAAAUUGUUCCAAUGAUUCUCCAAAAGCGUCAGUGCCACAGACUUUGGGGAGGGGGUCUCAUUGGACCUGUAGCAGUGCCAUAUCUCCCUUAAGGGCAUAGUCUUGCCCCAAAGCCUU